GGUACACUCGUUUGAGCCUCAUUGCAAAACUGACGAUGGUGCUAGAGAAGAAGAUUCACUCACCCGCUGACAUGCGCGCUUGGAUAGCUUCACAGUCCUAUCAGGAUUUGGUGAGUUUUGUCCAAUCAGUGAGCCAACACGUCACCUCAAAGCCGAUCGUAAAAGGAAUGGCAACGUCUCAGGGUAUUCAAUCGGUAACUGAGCUAUUGCAGCAGUUGGAGAAGAGGAUCGAAACUUUUCCAGCCGAAGAACAGCCUCAACGAUUUGGCAAUAAAGCAUUCCGAUCGUGGUUCAAUUGGCUCAAAGCGAACGCUGCGGAUUUAUGCAAAUGCCUACUGUUCGACAAGAAUGGUAUCACCGCACCUACCAUUUCUGAUCUUUCCUUCGAAGAAGCGAUCGCUGAAGUUGCGGGUUAUCUCAUCGAAUCUGUGGGAAAUGCCACUCGAAUAGACUACGGAACCGGACAUGAACUAGCAUUCAUUGCAUUUCUGUUCUGCUUGUUCAAAUUGGGAGUGCUACAAAUUCCCGCUCUUGGCGCCUCAAAAACCACUCUCCUAAACGACUACGCUGCGGUCGGUUUGGUCGUAAUGCCUGUCUAUCUCCAUUUAGUCAGGCGGCUGCAAGUCUAUUACAGAAUGGAGCCGGCUGGGUCUCAUGGCGUUUGGUGUCUUGAUGACUUCCAGUUCGUGCCCUUCAUUUGGGGUAGCAGUCAAUUAAUCGGAAGCGAUCAGUACGGACCAAGUUCAAUUUCAGAUCGACAAAUUGCGGAAACUGAAAAAGAUCGAAAUCUUCUGUUCUCCUGCAUUGACUACAUUUACCAGGUUAAAACCGGACCCUUUGCGGAGCACUCGCCUACGCUUUAUGGCAUCUGCCAGGUACCGUACUGGGAAAAGGUUCAGUCUGGUUUGGUGAAAAUGUACAAAGGCGAGGUCCUCGAUAAGUAUCCCGUCGUUCAACAUUUUCUAUUCGGUCAUAUUUUGACACUGAAUCGAAGUGCGACACAAUCUGGACCGUCUCCUGGCAAUCUAAGUUUUCCUCACAGAACACCGAUGCCCCCUCCCCCUCCACCUGUUUCGCCGCGAAAGGACUCAAAUUCAUCUCCAAUCUCAUCUAGCCAAGCACCUGAUACUUCAAACCCCUGAAAAAUUCCACGAUAUUUCUCGGUGGUUUAUUCUCAACAGAGUUAUAACGUGCUUUUGUGUUCACAUCAUUUUCUGUCUACAUUUAAAUUUUCC